CAACAACAACCCAGUUAAAUCCCACAAGAGUAGGGUCUGGGGAGGGUGUGUGUACGCAGACCUUGCCCCUACUCGAAAGUAGAGAGGCUGUUUCCAAAGAGACCCCCGGCUCAACGUCGAAAGUUGCAUUGCUUGACUAACUGCUACUUCAUUAAUUAAAGAAGCGCAAAUAGUUUAGAUAUCCAUUUUGAUUUAUUCCAUCACACCCCAAAGCCAAAAACAGGUUGAUCAAAUGGUGAAUAGACGAUUAGACGUAUGGCCAGAGGAAGAGGUGAGUUCACUCUUCGUGCAUUCUUGAACGGGCGUUUAGACCUUUCUCAAGCUGAGAAUGUGGGAAAGCUUGUAUCAGCUAAGUCAACUGCUUCUGCUGAUUCUGCAUUAGCGGGAAUGCAGGGAGGCUUCUCUUCUUUGGUCAAAUCUAUAAGGAUGCAAUGCAUUGAAUUGCUUACUGAAAUUGAAGCCCGUUUAGACUUUGAUGAUGAGGUGCCACCACUUAACUUGAACGUAAUGAUGGAAAAAAUAUAUGGGAUGGUGAGAGAUAUUGAUAGUGCACUGGAAACUGCUAACUAUGACAAACUUCUGCAGUCUGGAAUACAGGUUUACUUGCGCUUAAUACUAAAACUAGCUAUUUCCCUCCCUACGCAUUCUCGUGGAAAACACCUUUACCUGUUAAGUGUUAAUCUUGGCAUGUUUUGGUGAAUCACACAAACACAUGGAUUAAUGGAUACUGGAU